AUGGCUACUUUUAAACCUUCGGGUUAUAUGGCCGGAAGAAUUUUGUAUGAGGACAUUGAGAGUGUUAGUGCUAUAUCUUCUUGGGAUACAAGACAACGAUAUUGUAUCCGUUUGUGGCUUGGCCGCGAAGCUGUCCUGUUGCAAGUUCCGAGACUCGAUUUACAACAACAAUGGUUAAUCUCGAUCAAAUGGAGGAUCGCAAUGAAAAGGUUUAAAUUCAUUAUCAAUACCUGUGAAGACCCCGUCACGAUCAUAAAGGAAGUACUGAAUAUCGUCUCUAUAGCGCUUAAAGCUCCUAUGGAAGAUAGCAUAUACUCUGAACCCAUUGAUGCUGUUUCAAUGUUACUAAUGCAAUCUAUCUCGCCCCUUACGGAAAGAGUUGCUCCUACAGAAGUAAUCUGUCAAAUGUUUCAUCAGUUAUGUCAACGUUCUCCUUGUCCAAGCUACCUAAUAGACGCAUUUGAACCCUCAGUUGUGAUACUUUUAAAGAAAAACUUGGAUUAUGGCAAAUACCCAUAUUAUCGAUCCUUUCUGCAAGAUUUUAUAUUUGCUCUAAGUUGUCAAGAGUCGAAUGAUUACUCAUUGCAGACAUUUAUUGAAUCAGUGCACGAAAUUAGCGAAAUAUGCCCGCAUCCGCGUGUUCUUCCUAACCUAGCAUGUCUUUCAUUAGCAGCUAUUUAUAAAAUCUUUCAAACCAAAGCCGAAGAAAUUGAUAAUGCUUCUAAAGAGCGUUAUUUGGAUACCUAUAUUACUCUGUUAGAUUUAAUAUUCCAAUACAACGAUUGGUUACCGCAUAUUGUAGCCAUCUUACAGCCAAUCCCAAUACCUGAAAAUUGUUUAGAGAGACUAUUACGGAUAUGUGUUAAAGAUGACAGAUGCGAAGUACAUAAGGCUGUCUUAAAUGUUCGCGAAGGCAGACGUGGUUGGAUUCAUCUAUUUGCACCGGAUAAUCUUGCUUGUCGUGAUGAUGGGGACUUAUUUGCUGCUAUGAUAUGCAAGCUUAUCAGUUGCUGUUGUAGAGAUAAGCCAUCGCUUCGAAAUUUCUUAGAAUUUAUCACUCCUAUGAUUGCUAUUUGCAAACGCGGCAAUUUGCAAAUGAUUAAGACCGUAAUCUUUAUAUUGGAGAGAGAUGUAAUUCCUGAAACUGAUCCACGCUACGAAGAAAUCAUCUCUAGUCUUCAAAGUACAGAAGCUAGUCGUCACGAGUUAGAAAUGAUGUAUGAAAGAAAGGCAGAGCUUUCAAGAAUGCAACAAAAAGGAGGAUAUCUGCAUUUAACUGUUCCUGCAAAAUCUACAGAUAAAGAUCUAGCCGAUAUCUUGGCAACCGGAGAAUACAAUAACCUAAAAACAUUAUCGUUGGCAUUCACUCACGUAACCAGUGCUUGUGCCGAACAAUUAAUUAAACUUCGCAGACUUACACAUUUAAAUUUAUGGUCAACCCAAGCAAAAUUACCCAAUCUGGAAUAUAUUGAUGUAAGAUACACCGAAGCUUGGGUAAUAGACGUUAAUCUGGACGAUUAUCGCCCGGUUUAUAUUAGUCAGAAAUGGACAUUUUCUGGUUGCUGUGAAAGAAGUCUAAGACAGAAACAGCUGCAGAAAACUAAGAUAUACUAA